AUACAUAUAUUAUCAGUUUCCAGAGCACGCCGUUCUUACAAUCAGCAGCCAAUUGUAUAAACGAUUUAACCAUAGUAAAUACUUUUACUAUGGUUAAAAUGAACCGUAGUUAAGUUAAUCCAAUUGUAUAAACGAUUUAACGAAAUUUAAACACGCACUAACCAUGGUUAAUUUUUACCCACCUUCAUUACCAUGGUAAGCGUGUUUAACCACAACAAAGAUGGCCGACAUUCACUUGGUCAGACGACGCAGACCUCGACAAUUCAGGCGAAUUGACCGACAGGAGACGGACUUGACGGACGAUGAGGUGCGCCGGAGGUACAGGUUUUCUUCUGACAACAUUGACAGACUUGUACGACUGUUGGAGCCGUCGCUUCAAAGACCGACACGACGGAACAAGGCGCUGACCGUACGGCAACAACUCCUUCUGACAUUGAGGUUUCUUGCGUCUGGGGCAUUUCUUCAAAUUAUUGGUGAUACCUUCGGCGUAGACAUUGCUACUGUGUCCCGGGUGGUGACGAACGUGACUGACUGUUUAUUCGCACUGAAAGACACUGUGAUCAAGUUUCCAUUGACGGACGCUGACCGACGCCGCGUUAUGGCUGGUUUUUUCGCAAUGAGGGGCUUCCCGGGAGUCAUCGGUUGUGUUGAUUGCACCCAUGUACGAAUAAUUUCUCCCGGAGGUGAGGACGAACCGUCCUAUGUAAAUAGGAAAGGUUUCCACUCCCUCAAUGUGCAGGCAACGUGCGACCAUAAAGGGAUGUUCACUAGCAUAAACGCAUGUUGGCCUGGAUGCUGUCACGACUCGCACAUUCUUCGGAUGUCUAACAUUGGACAGCAUUUGGCCAGUCACCAUCAAGAUCCUGAGCGUGGAUAUUUACUGGGUGACAGCGGUUAUCCGUGUCGUCCUUUUUUGAUGACUCCCUUCAUGCAGCCAGUGUCAGAUGCUCAGCAGAGAUACAAUACCGCUCACAUCGGCACACGGAAUUGCAUAGAAAGAGCCUUUGGAGUUUGGAAAAGGACGUUCCAUGUACUCCAUGGGGAGAUACGCAUGAAACCCACCAAGGUCACGCGAAUUGUGAUAGCCUGUGCCGUACUGCACAACUUGAGAUUGAUGUGGGGUGAACCACCAAUGGAUCCAGAACAGCUGGAUGACGUACCACAAGGCGACAUGUUUCAAGCGGCAAAUGAUGGCAGACGAGUUCGGGACACAAUUGUUGCCAAUUACUUUAUGUAAUUUUAUUGAUAUUUUCUAAAACAUCGCCAUUAAUUACAUGAAUUAAUGGCUGAAUGAAUAAAAUUGUACGAGACACUAUACAUAAUUGCAAUCAUACAAAAACAAUAUGAAAUUCAAAAAAGUAAAUGAGAAUACAUGUAAAC